AUGCUACAUCUCCGUGGAGGCGGGGGACGGCGGGGGGAGGCGGGGGGGACGGCGGGGGGACGGUGGGGGGAGGCAGGGGGAGGCGGGGGGGACGGCGGGGGGAGGCGGGGGGACGGCGGGGGGACGGUGGGGGGAGGCAGGGGGAGGCGGGGGGACGGCGGGGGGAGGCGGGGGGACGGCGGGGGGACGGGGGACGGUGGGGGAGGCAGGGGGAGGCGGGGGGACGGCGGGGGGAGGCGGGGGGAGGCAGAGGAGCACAGAUCCAAACGUUUCACAUUAGCUCUGGUCAAGUUCCACCUGCUGAACUCGGUGCAGUGCUCGGAGGCCAUCAUGACUGGGACGUCCUACGAGACCAUGGAGGGCAGCAGCAUCGACAUCGGCUGCGACGGAGAGAGUCUGACGGUGAACGGCGUCAAGAUGGUUCUGAAGAAGGACAUCGUCACCAGCAACGGAGUCGUGCACCUCAUCGACCAAGUGCUGAUGCCCGACUCAGCCAAACAGGUGCUGGAGCUGGUGGGCUCGUCCCAGUCCACGUUCGGGGACAUGGUGUCGGAGCUGGGUCUGUCUGCAGCCAUGAGACCAGAGGCCGAGUACACACUGCUGGCCCUCACCAACUCCGCCUUCACGGAUGAGGUGAUGUCCAUCGACCAGAGCGAGCUGAGGCUGAUCCUGGAGAACCACAUCCUGAAGAACAAGAUCACUCUGGGACAGCUCUACAACGGCCAGCGCCUGGAGACCCUGGGCGGGAAGUUCCUCCGGGUCUUCAUCUACCGCACCGCCGUGUGCAUCGAGAACUCCUGUCUGUUCCGCGGCAGCCGAGAGGGAAGCAACGGCGCUCUGCAUCUGAUGAGAACCUUCCUGAAGCCAGCGGAAAGAUCCAUGUUCCAGAUCCUGAGAGAACACGGAGGGUUCAAGAUCUUCCUGUCUCUGAUGGAGGCGGCCGGUCUGACGGAUCUGCUCCAGCAGGAGGGAGACUUCACACUGUUCGCCCCCAGCGACAAGGCCUUCUCCGGCUUGAGCAGCAGCGACUUGGCUCUGCUCAAAAAGGACUUAAACGCUCUCAGAACUAUCCUCCUGUAUCACUUCAACAACGGAGUGUUCAUCGGGGGAGGGCUGGAGAUGGGAGUGACCAACCUGCUCAAGUCCCUACAAGGCAGCAACCUCCGCGUCAUGGCGACCAACAGCAGUAUGAUGGUCAACACGGUGCCGGUGGCAGGAGCCGACAUCAUGGCCACGAAUGGCGUGCUUCACCUGGUGGACAAUGUGCUGUAUCCUGCAGACAUGCCCGUCGGGAGCCAGGAGCUGAUUUCUCUGCUGAGACGCUUCAUCACAUACAUGCAGUUCAAGUUCAUCUCAGGAUUCCGGUACCAGGAAAUUCCUCUCACAUUUCUGAAGAGGAUCAUCACUCGCGUUGAAACAGUUCCCGAAGUGACGAAGGUGACGCGGGUGAUUGAAGGCCAGCCCUCUCUCACCAAAGUCACCCGGGUCAUCGAGGGCGAACCCAGCAUCACCAAGGUAACCAGGGUCAUCGAGGGCGAACCCAGCAUCACCAAGGUAACCAGGGUCAUCGAGGGCGAACCCAGCAUCACCAAAGUCACGCGGGUCAUCGAAGGAGAGCCCACCCUCACCAAAGUCACCAGAGUAGUCUCAGGUGGUCCUCAGUUCUCCUACAGCGCCGGAACCACCAAUGUUGAGCUGGAAGACCUCUCCACUCUUGAGGGGACAAUGGACGCUGACCGACUCGCCAAAAGUGUCCAAGCUGGUGGUUCAAGGAGAACUCCUGCGAGAAAAGGAAAGGACUGUUUGGACUUCACAGAGACCUACAGACUCUCACAGAGACCUACAGACUCUCACAGAGACCUACAGACUCUCACAGACCUACAGACUCUCACAGAGACCUACAGACUCUCACAGACCUACAGACUCUCACAGACCUACAGACUCUCACAGAGACCUACAGACUCUCACAGAGACCUACAGACUCUCACAGACCUACAGACUCUCACAGAGACCUACAGACUCUCACAGACCUACAGACUCUCACAGACCUACAGACUCUCACAGACCUACAGACUCUCACAGAGACCUACAGACUCUCACAGAGACCUACAGACUCUCACAGAGACAGUCCUGUCCGGACAGAAACCUUUCAUUAGAUCAUCAGGUAUAUUGUAG